AUGAGACGGUGCUGCUUUUUCAGCGGCAAGGGCCACCCUCCACAUGGUGUUCAUGUGACGCAGGCGCGGCACCACAUCAAUGGUUUUUCGCUAUUUGCGAAGGAGCUGCAGGAAAAAGAGGGGCUUCUCAAGGCUAAAAGCUUUCGUAACGGACGGGAGAACAUGAGAGUUGUAUCACGGCACUGGAAGGAGCUUGGGCGUGGCGAACGCCACAGGUAUAACCAACGUGCACGUGAGAUUGCGGUGCUGCGGGCGCACAACAGUGAUAAGGCCUUCAACGAUUUUAAUCUGCUCAUGCGACUUCUUUUUCGAACCGAUGAUGUGGCAGGCGCGGGUGACGAGGUGUUCACAGCCCACAUGGCGAGGAAUACACUAACACAGCUCAAAUCAAAUCAUCGAGAAAAACUUCGUGAGAAACUUUUGCCCGAGGCGGCUAGUACCUCAAGGAAAAACAGAAAAGCAAAUGAGCGUGCUUUACCCAUGGCGUGGUAUUUUCCACAUAUGCGGUAUUUUGAGUCGUUCGUGGAGAUGCUUAGGGCGGUGGCCCCGACUCAAAAGGCUCUCUUUGUUGCUGUUUCGCGUGUUCUUGCGAUUAACAAACUCUUCACAGGGGAUGCGAUUUCUAACCUCUCGGAGAAGUUCGAUGCCCUCACAGAGGAAGAGGUUGAAAUGUUUAAACCCGUUUCUGACGAAGACGCACCAAGGUUUGAGAGGUACUGUGCGUCCCAUUGUGCUACAUAUGAUAUAGAGAACUUCGACAUUGUGCGCCUUUUUGCGCAGUACCGUGGCCUUAUAACCGCACGGACCUCUCUGCCAGAGCCAGAAGCUACAAAGUACAAGAUGCUAAUGGAGGCCGAUCGCUUUCGCGAGAGUUUGUACUUCAAGGCAUUGCGUAAUUUGGAGCGGGCCAAGGCUGGGCGAAGUACAGAUCAUGGAACAUAUAUCUCUCAUAUUCACCCAGAUGGAGUCACAGUUCCACCCGAAACAUAUGCAAUUGUAUCGAGUUUGAGUGAUGUCGAGAUUGCCAAGAUGCUCGCUGAAACACGGCUAGGACAAUCCGUAUAUGAUGACGUGAUGGACCGAACGAGCUGUUUUCGUCAUGAUAUGGCCAAUCAGCUGUUGAGUGAGACGUACUUGUCCCCUGUACGCGAAAUGAAGGCGAGGCCCAGGAAGUCUCCCAAGCUAUAG